AUGAUUCAUACAAAGGAGAGACCUUUCAAAUGUACAGAAUGUGAGAAAAGCUUUAGAUAUAAGUCUAAUCUCCUAGAACACCACACAAUUCACACAGGUGAGAAGCCACACACAUGUCCUGAGUGCGACAAAUGUUUUAUACAAAUGACAAAACUUAUAGAUCAUGAAAGGACCCACACAGAGGAGAAACCAUUUAGCUGUACAGAGUGUGGAAAAAGUUUUACACGAAUGGAUUAUCUGAAAACUCAUGAAAGGAUUCACACAGGAGAAAAGCCUUUCACAUGUACAGAGUGUGGAAAAAGUUUUACAGUAAGGAGUGACCUGAAAAAGCAUGAAAGGAGUCACACAGGAGAAAAGCCUUUUACAUGUACAGAGUGUGGAAAAAGUUUUACACAAAUAAGUAGUCAUCUGAAAAUUCAUGAAAUGAUUCACACAGGGGGAAAGCCUUUCACAUGUACAGAGUGUGGAAAAAGUUUUACAAAAAAGUGUAAUCUGAGAAAACAUGAAAGAAUUCACACAGGAGAAAAGCCUUUCACAUGCACAGACUGUGGAAAAAGUUUUACAGAAAAUAGUCAUCUGAAAACUCAUGAAAGGAUUCACACAGGAGAAAAGUCUUUCACAUGUACAGAGUGUGGAAAAAGUUUUACAGUAAAGAGUAAUCUGUCAAAUCAUGAACGGAUUCACACAGGAGAAAAGCCUUUCACAUGUACAGAGUGUGGAAAAAGUUUUACAGAAAAUAGUAGUCUGAGAAAACAUGAAAGGAGUCACACAGGAGAAAAGCCUUUCACAUGUACAGAGUGUGGAAAAAGUUUUACACGAAUAAGUAGUCUGAAAACUCACGAAAGGAGUCACACAGGAGAAAAGCCUUUCACAUGUACAGAGUGUGGAAAAAGUUUUACAAAAAAGAGUCAUCUGAGAAAACAUGUUAUAAAAGCGUCAUGA